AGGGACGACCUGGACACUUCCUGCCCGGGGUCCUUCGCAGCAACACCCUUCCAAAAUGGCAGCCAACAGCAGCAGCACGGGCAGCAAGCCGAGCACCGUCGCCGGAGCUAAACCGGCCGGUCCUUCCGCGGAGCAGGUGGUGUCCACGUUCCAGAGGAUGCGUCAGGAACAACGUGGCAUGGCUUCUAAAGCUGCUGAGCUGGAGAUGGACAUCAACGAGCACAGCUUAGUGAUCGACACGCUGAGGGAAGUGGACGCUUCGAGGAAAUGCUUUCGCCUGGUUGGAGGAGUUCUGGUGGAGAGAACAGUAAAGGAAGUUCUACCAGCUCUGGAAAACAACAAAGAACAGAUCUCCAAAAUAAUCGAGAGCAUCAACACAAAAAUGCAGUCGAAAGGACGGGAUCUCACCGAGUACAGGGAGCGCUACAACAUCCGGCUGGUGGGGGAGGGGGAGGGGGAGGGCCAGACGGGGGCGUCGUCCGGGGACAGCGAAGGAGGCGGCUCCAAAAGCGGCGCUGGCGUUUUAGUGUCGUAGUUUCUAAUGACAUUUGGAGACAAUAGGGCCUUAUGAUUUCUGCAGUACUGAAAACAUAGUCACAAAAUAUGAACUCUUCACAGGAAAACCGAGGAUUUGGAAACUCCUGCUAAAGACGAUGCACUUGGUUUGGUUAUUUAGCGACAGACACAAAUUCAAAGUGUACGUUGUGCUUUUCUUAUGCAUGUUCAGCGUGAAUGCUAGUGUGUGUGUAACAAAUUCAACUUGUGUGUCAUUUGCCAUUUAUCAUAGCGGAAAUAUUGUGGCUUGAAUUCAACACGAUUUGGCCCUUAAGGAGGUAGAAGUCCCAGAAUGCAUUGUGACAACGCGACCUGCGAGCGUGAACAAGAGUUAAACUGUAAACAAUGAAUCUUCAGGCUCUAUUCAACCUUUGUGACGUUUUGUUUUGCUCGACCCUGAAGUUGUCUCAACACAAAGGUGAUGCAUUGAAAGGCUGCUGGUUCGUGUCCAUAAUGCUGAUGUGAGGUCGGGGGUGUGACCUGCUGUGACACACUGUUACUAUAAAGCCCGACAUUAAAGUACCAUGAAACUUGUUUAGUUCUUCUGACCUGUAGCACAGUCAAAUUGAAACGCCUCCUGGAACCUGGUGGAUGUUGUUCACUCUGUUCAUUUAGUUGUAAGGACAGAAAUGUUUGUUUAUGACCAUGAAUUAAAAAAUUCACAGUU